ACGCCUGCUCCGUGUGCGUGUGUGUAUGUGUUCGAUUGUCAAAAAUUUUCACCUGCUCGUACAGCGAAUUUUUCACGGAAAUCGAAAGUCGGAAAAUUCCUCCCGGCCGUUUGCGAUUCCUGCAACACUUCAAUGGGAAACAUGCGACAAAUGGAACAAAAGUACGAUCUCUCCAAGUGUCACGCGUACAAUGAGAAAAGCUCCUUCGCGUUCUGGAUCGUGCUGGUGCUGCUGUUCUGCUUGGCGCUGGGUAAUCUUUGCCUCACGCUUUCCAUAACGGCUAUUUUGCGGAUCUAUCGCGGCAUGGAAAACAUCGAGCUGCUACAGGACGCGGACGCGAUAAAGUUUUACGGCAACAUUGAUUUCGACCGUGUGUACAAGCAGGACGGUCUGUUGGAAAGUUUCUACGAUGAGCCGCUGGAGAUUGCCGGGGACGAUGGCGAUGUGUCGAUCAAUCUGGUCAAUCGGAAUGGACAUUCGCACAACAAAAUCCAGCUCACCAGGGCGGGCAGCUUUCUGAAGGGUAUAAACCAUUUCGACGUGAAGGAUCCGGCCACGGGCAGGCAGGUGUUCGGAACGUCCCGACCUCACUACAACAUGCCCCAGGGAGCGAUGAUCCUGCAGGCCCAUCUCAUCAACAGUGGCCGCAUUGCAUCGCCCAUUAACGAUACGUUAAAGCUGCAGACGCGAAACAAGCUUACGCUAAAGGGCACCGAGGGCAUUCGAAUGGAGGCGAAAGAGCUGCUGUGGUCUGCGGAUCAGAACAUCUAUCUGAAGUCGGACAACGGUAGCACCAUGCUGAUGGGCGGGAACGGGGUGUGGGUUAACGUGAACAAUCUGCCCGUGGUAAAGAGCGAGCAUGGCGCACGGACAGGAUCGUCCAGCCAGUACAAACUGUGCGUUUGCUAUCCUCAGGGCCGCAUUUUCCGCAUGGCUGUACCGAAGUCACACAACGCGCGCGUAAACUGUGCCCAUUUUAGCGCCAAGGAAAAUCCGUGCCUGUAGACGUGGGGCAGCAAAAGCACAGUAUUAGCAGCGUUUCGGAGCGUACAUAUCGGCCCUGCUAGAGGUAGUAGUAGAUCGGUUAUAGCGGUAGUUGCUCAAAGGAAGGGUAAAUUCAAGUAGUUUCUUUUAUUUCAUUCUAGUGAGUAAAUCUUGCAAGGGAGUAGAUAGCAUACGUGCAGCUAUUGCAUUUUGUUAAAUUACAUCGUUAUGUGAGUUUAUGUAACGUCUAUGCUAAAGUCAUAUAAUUAAAAAUCCCAAGUGUAACCCGAUAAUGUUAAAUGCCA